AUGGGAAGGAAAAAGGAGAAGGAGAAGGGGGUUCCGGAGUCCAACAAGUCAGACUGCACGGACCACAGGGACAACCUGCUCUGUUUUGCACCAGACUCCCCUGUAAAACAGGAUAAUGGGUCCAUGGGUGGCAGUGGGCCAAUCCUUAGAGGAGAGCUCACCAGCACCACGGGCAUCACAUAUUUGACACAAGGGACCUCUGAAGUCACGAACACAUUAUGCCUGUGUUUAAAGCUGUGGCCCAUGCCUGGAUGCUGGAAUAUAGACAGGAAUCAAGCAGACAUAAAUCCUUGCCCUCAUGGAGCUAAGCUUCAGCUAGAGGAGAUAAACAAUGGGAAGGGGAGAGGGAGAGGCAUGUGUGUUGGGGAGUGGGCAAACCAUCUUAAGAAGCCGCUGAUGGAAGAGUCUCCCCUUUGGAAAGGCCAUCUCCCCUCCCAUCAUCUCCAUCCCGUAGAGAGGAAAACCCAGGCUUGGUAUUGGCAGUCAGGUAGUUCAUCAGAACUGAAACCACCUAACCAGCAUCCCCCCCGCCCCACCGCUCCUCUCCCGCCCCCCUUGCCGACUGGAAGCAACCAUGACAUGGUGCUCAGAGCCCUUGCAGAGGUGUGCUGUGGUCUCUCUGAGCUCAUCACGGCACCUUCCUAUGCAGGAGUUUCAAUUCAAGGUCAUUUUUGGUUCCUUUUAAGUAGCAGACUCAGAACCAGAUCUAUUCAAGUGUAG